AUGCACACGAACCUGCUCCUGGAGAGGUGCCGGCUCCAGAAGAGGCUGUCAACGUGCCCCGAAGCUCGCGGCUCAGAUGUGGAGCUCAGUGCCGAAAGUGACACCGUCCAGCAGCCUGAUGGAGAGCCAGAGGAGGAGGAGGAGGAGGAGGAGGAGGACGUGGCUGGCAGCGAGGAGCCUGUUAAAGAACAAGACCUGCAGGCUCAGCUUGACGCCAUGAUGGCGGUGCUGAGCAGGUCAGACGAGGUGGAGCAGCUGGUUCUGAGGAACACCGACCUGACGGACGACCUUCUGCUGAGCCUGGCGGCGGCGCUGAAGAGCAGCCCGUCCGAGGUCACGCUGCUCAACCUCAACCUCAACCUCAUCGGGCCCUACGGGGCUCACAUCCUGCUGGACGUUCUCCGAGUGAAGCCUCAGGUCAAAGGGUUGCACUUGUUUGGAAACAAACUGCGCGAUCACGGACUUCUGACCCUGUUGAACGGAAUCGUGGAGCUGCAGGAACAAACGGCAAGAGCUGCUGCUGCCCUCCAGCAGGCCAUGCUUUUCCCGUCGGAGCAGUUACUGCAGCUGCCCACCGGGUGGAGCUCUUUCAGGGCUUUUGCUCUUCUGGAGCUGGACGUCGGGGGAAACGGCCUGAGCAGCGAGGGGGUAAAGGUGCUAGCAUCAUAUGUGAGAUCCCACUCCUAUCUGCAGUACUUAGGGCUGGCUCAGACCAGCGGCGCUGAUCUGGCGGCGUGGAAGGAACUUUUCGACAGCCUAAAAGGAAACGGCUCACUGACCCAGAUCAUCCUGGAUGAGAACAACCUGGGAGACCCCGGGGUGAGGCUGCUGGCCGACAUGCUGAAAGAGAACGCGAGUCUGAGGCAGGUGGAUCUGGACAGGAACGGCAUCAGCGACGUGGGAGGAAACGACAUCAUGGGCGCGUUGCUUUGCAGGACGCAGUUUCCGCUGCUGCAUCUGAGCCUCCAGGAGAACGGCAUCAGCGCGGGACUAAUGAGCAGGAUACAGGAGGAGGUGAAAUACACAUGAAUCCUGCAGGACACACAUGCAAACCAUGAGAAGCUGCAACGUAAACAAAGCGCAACUCAAAAGAUUCUUUGUUUACAGUCUGAGGUCAGAGAGGAAAAAAACCUGACUCAUUUGACUUGUUUGACCAUCAAACACGCUAAGAUCUCUUCCUUCCUAAAACUGGGUGGCCCCCGCUCGCAAAUGCCGCAUCUCAGUUUAGUCCAGGCAGGUAGUGUGGGAGGCUUGUUUGCUUUCGAGCUGCUCUGCGGUCUGGAUGCAUUUUCAAAGAGAUAUCAAUGAACUGAACCUUUCUUCUGUGUGGUGAGGUUACAUCUCCAACCUUGGUAUUUUUUCUCCCUUCUUCUUCCCACCAGCGUUACCCCUCAUGACUCCACACCUACUUUGCUAAAAAACCGACUGCGGCUCAAGGCUCGCUGAUCCCUCUGUCAUCUUAUUGAAUAAUUUGCUGCCUCCUGACAAAAGAGAAACCGCAGUGAUUCAUUCCACCCACAGAAUUUACAAGUGGAUGACUUACCCACGACAUAUCUCCCCAUCCCCACACACCCCCCAACAACAUUACAGUAGCCAUCAUCGGAUCGCCUUUCUCCACUUCUACAAAUCAAAAGAGAGUUACGGACAUCUAAGCCAUGCCACGUCAACCACCCUCAUUUUGUUGUUUUUGUCUCUUCAUGUGCGAGACAGUGCUUCUAUUCACAAUCUAAGCAUGAGAAAGACAGAGAGAGAGAGAGAGAGAGAAAAAGCCAAAACUAGGGCAAAUUCAUCUGAAUUUCGAGGCCGUCAUCUCAUUGUUCUAUCAACACAGACAUUCUGAGAAUAACUGUACCUGUGAUCAAAGCUUGUCAAAGUGGUAAUUAUCUCCUCCUCUCAGGGCUGCCAGUAGUGAUUCCGCUGAAACCAACCCGUCCAUAUUUCAUCUGCAGUCUUUGCGAAUUCCUUUCUGCGGAACCCUGAUAAAGACGCUCCCCCGAACCCCCAGGAGGAUGACAGAUAAAUGAGGCUGGCGUUCCUGAAGAUAACAUCUGCAGAAGUUAUCCUGCUUUGCUUGUCUCGGGCCGAAUGCGUUUCUGUCUGCGGUGUUUCAAAGCCUGUGAGGCGAAAAUAAAAUAAAUGUCUUUAUUUUA